AUGGCGGGCGGACACAACCACCACGAGCAUCGCGAUCUGCAGAGGAAGGAGUGCGAUGAUUGCAGAAGAAUUUAUGAGAAGAAUAAGCAUACAGAUUUCGCUUGGUUCUGUGAUCAACACCUGUGCCCAAUAGUUAGACUUGGAGUGCCGUGUAAUAUCCGGAAGAGCAAGCACCAGGCACGAUGCGAUGAGCGUAUGUACUCCCACCCACAGCCAUCUCUCGACAUUCAACUAACUGAAGCAAAAGACGCCAUUCCGCCGCCUCCGCCGCCAAAGUGCAACGUCGAUGGCUGCCAACUGGUCCGCUUAGACCGAUCCCUACACUGUCAUCUACACUCUUGCACUUUCGCAAACUGCCCCAUGUAUGCCCGGCCCGGGAAAGGAGUUGACUACUGCGACGAACACAAGUGCCCCGAGUCGAGCUGCCGCGCGAUCCGGAAGCGCAGUGAGCUUGGAGAGACUCUGCGCUGGGCUGCGUUUUGCCGAGAUCAUGAGUGCGAGAGGCCAGGCUGUCUGAUGAAAAGGCUGCCGGGCAAGAGCCACUGCCAGGCACACUGCUGUAACAUGCAGCACUGCCAAGAAGGCCGCCUCGACAACCUCCCUGCUCCGUUCUGCCUGAGCCACUACAACUAUUUCGUCGGUCAGCGCGCCGCCGCCCAGCGCGAAGCCGAGCUCCAAGCGGAGCUCCAGGCCCAGAAGCUGAGAGAAGCCGAGCAGCGCGAGAUCCAACAGCGAGAAGACGCAGAGCUCGCUCGCAAACUCGAGCAAGCCGAUCGUAAAGCGCAGACCGAGGCCGAGGCCGAAGCCCAAGCCCAGGCGCGACUCCUCCGCACCCAGCAGGAGGCGCUAGUCAGAGAGCAAGAAGCGGAAGAGAGACGCCGAGAAGAAGAUAAUCAAGAGGUGGAGGAGCAGUGGCAAGCGGAGAGAGCGAGAGCUGCGGCUGUGGAGACGGCGAGGGCGAUGAAGGCUCAGCAGCAGCAGCAGCAGUCUGACGAGGAAGCGAGGGCGAGAGAGGAAGAAAGGGGGAGAAGGAUAUUUACAGGGAGAGGGAGCGGGAGAGGAGGGGCGAAGUACAAGACGCAGAGGCAGUGGGAGAAGAGUCCUCGGGCGAGUAGCGAGCAGGAUUUCCACGAUAUGUAUCGCAGUGAUCCCGACGCUAGCGUCAACGCCGAUCUCAAAGCGCGGAUGGGUAGGCGCUUUGAGAAGCCGGGUCGUCCGGUGGCUAGUGGUUACCACGGGGAGAAUUCCGACUCCUGCGCGCAGCCGAGGGAUAGGAGGGACGAGAGACCGUAUCUAUAUGACGACUCGAGUCGCAGCAGUACCGGGUCGUACUACGAGGUUCCUCACGUGUCGACCAGUUCGAGAUUGAGAAGGGGUGCGCAGCACGAGCAGGAGCAGCCAGUGCUGUGGUCGUGGGCUGCAGAUAAGUCUGGAGAGGAGUAUGAGUUGAAGAAGAGACAGAGGGAGAGGAAGAAUAGGGAUGAUUAUGUGUAUGUGCAUAAUCAUCAUCAUGGCGAUGACGAGGAUGAUGAGGCGUACCACAGUGCUACUGAGUACUUGAGACCUGGGCGGGCGGCUGCAUCUUCAUCUGCGGCUCUGGUUGGGGUGAGGAUGGAAAGAGAGAAGGAGUAUGUGACGGCUGAUGGGACGACGAGGUAUUACAACGAGCGUGGGAGCGAAAGGAAGGACCCUGGAUGGUGA